GUGCACUGAGAGAAAGAACUCGUGCGAAUGUGACUGGAUUUCGUACAGAAUCGAUUCUGUGCGCGCGAAAGUUGUGUGGAACCAAAAUGCCACCCCUUCCACCCAGCUUUGAACAAACUUUGUGUGCUGCCUGCUUUUAGUGGCAUUUCGGGCAUAUUCAACAAUAUCUGAAGCCAUAAAGAUAGUGAAAGUGCGCUACUCAAAAGAUACCCUGGCAGAUAACAACACGAAAAGAGUUUAGUGUUUACAUGGAUAUAGAAUUUAUUUCGUAAUGAAAUAUAAAUAAUAACUCAAACUGAUUUAUACAUAAAAUAAAAUUAAAUGCAACAAUAAAUAUUAAGCAAUCAAAUACAUAUGACAGCAUUAAAUGCCCCACCACCUCGAACUAAAUAAAGCGUUUUAUUUACCACACAACAAUUAAUUCAGAAUAAUUAAAGCAUAAAUCUCAGCAUAUUAAAUGCAUGGUAUUUCGCAAAGCAAACUCCCAACACACAUUUGCCGUUGGUAUUUUCCGUGGAGUUAGUUAGUUUGUUGUGACCUUUCGAAGUGAGAGCAGGCAGAUCGGUCGAAAAUUAAACUUUAGCAGCCUUGGACCCCCCCAUUUUCCACCCAGCUGGGUGCUCAUCCGAAAUCGGUGAUAAACACGUUGAUUAAAAUGAGUUUGAUACCGGUUGAAUGAAUGAAAGGCAAAGCAAAGACAACAACGGCAACAACAAAGCAUAGAAAGAACAAAUGAAAAAAAAAAAAUAACUGAAGCAAAGUUUCAUGCAACAGUUUUCCACUCAUUUUCCACCCUUGUGGACCCACAGGCACGCCAUUCAGCCAGCCAGCAUACACACUCAUCACCAUCGCACAGUACACAGCGCUCAGUUCGGUUCAGCUCAGCUCAGCGCAGAGCAGAGCAGAGCAGCACAGCACAGUAGAGCACAGCACACACCCGGCAAAACAAAGCGCCACUGGCGGCACACUGGGUGAAGGACGGACAAUGUGUUUUCGGGGCAAGUCCGGGCAUAUCAUGUUACAUUGUGAGGCGAGCAGCAUACACAUUCAGUACUAAAGUAAACCUCAAGGUAGACUCAUGCAUGUGUGUUGUGACAUAAGUCCAGUGAAAUUUGUUUGUUCUGCCUCCGCUUGUUCUUGGUGGAGCCGCAAUUAAGACGGACCUCGCGACAAAGCUCGAACACUACGUUACACCCAAAAGACGCGACAUAUCGACAUGGUAGACCCAUAAGUGCGACGCACAUUUGCGUCUUUCAGUUCUCCGUUCUCAGUUCUAAGUUCUCAAUUUACAGUUUAUAGUUCUCGAUUCGCAGUGCGCGGUUCUCGACGGUUUCUGUAUGCGGUCUUUAUUUACAUAACAACAAAAAAAACACCUCACCUCAGUCGGUCGGUCCGUCGGUCGGGCAGUCGGUCAGAGGUUAACGCCUAGGCCUAGGCGUGUGUGGACAAAAGCUUAUCCCGCCUAAAGCCAUCAACAUGCUCUGCAGUUGCGGAUGUCUGCAGAAGGCAGGCGGCGGUGGCAAGCGUCGCAGCUCCUCGUCGGUGGAAGACGCCUCAUCGAGUCGGAUGUCCGAACUGGAGUCCAAUAGCCGGCCGCAAACAACAGAGGCGGCCAGCACACGGACCUCCAGUCUGCUGCAAUUAUUUCACAGGAAAGGUCCAAAGUGCUUCCGCAAGCCCCAGCGACCCAAGAGCCCGAUGCAGGCCGAGAAAACAAUCAGAGCUGCAAUAUUCAUUCAAAAAUGGUAUCGGCAGCAUCAGGCCAGACAGGAAAUGAGAAAGCGUUGUAAUUGGCAAAUCUUCCAAAACUUGGAGUAUGCCAGCGAACAGGACCAAGCCGAGUUGUACAAAUUUUUCCAUGAGCUCAUCAAGCACAUGCCCCAGGCAGCUGGGACAGGGAACAAAAGUCCAACGUCAACAUGCACUACUCUUUUGGAAGAAAGUGAGGCGCUAAUGGAAGAAGUGGGCGAUAUUGUGUCUACCAAAGUUGAAAUACCCAUAAUGAAGAGUCACAUAGACUUACUUAUCGAUGUGUUCCGCAAGAAGAGAAGCAAUCGUUUGCAUCCCAAGUAUGUUGUGCUAAUACUCAGAGAAGCUGCCAAGUCACUCAAGGAAAUGCCAAACCUCUCGAUGGUUUCCACUGCGGUGUCGCAGCAAGUGACAGUUUGUGGGGAUCUGCAUGGCAAACUGGAUGAUUUGCUAGUAGUGCUAUGCAAGAAUGGUCUGCCGUCCACUUCUAAUCCUUAUGUCUUCAACGGUGACUUUGUGGACAGAGGAAAGAAGGGACUUGAGGUGCUUCUGCUGUUACUGUCGCUUUAUUUGGCAUUCCCCAAUGCUGUAUUCCUCAAUCGUGGCAAUCACGAGGACAGCGUAAUGAAUGCUCGCUAUGGCUUUAGUCGCGAAGUAGAGCGCAAGUAUCCACGCAAUUAUAAACGUUUGCUGCGUUUAAUCGAUGAAGUUUAUCGCUGGCUGCCACUGGGAUCAAUUAUAAAUAACCGUGUUCUGAUUGUGCAUGGCGGUUUCUCGGAUAACACAGAUCUGGAUCUCAUUAAAACUAUAGAUAGAAGCAAGUACGUUUCGAUUUUGCGACCGCCUCUCACAGAAGGUCAGCCGCUGGACAAAGCUGAGUGGCAGCAGAUUUUCGAUAUUAUGUGGAGCGAUCCACAGUCUGUGCCUGGCUGUAUACCAAAUACUUUGCGUGGAGCUGGUGUUUGGUUUGGUCCAGACACCACUGAAAAGUUCUUGGAGCGCCAUAGACUCAGCUACAUGAUCAGAUCACAUGAAUGCAAGCCAAAUGGGCAUGAGUUUACGCAUGACAACAAGGUCAUCACCAUAUUCUCUGCCUCCAACUACUAUGCCCUGGGGUCCAAUAAAGGGGCGUACAUACGCCUCAAUAACCAGUUGGUGCCACGAUUUGUCCAGUACAUUUCGGCUGCCUCGCAGGCCAAGAAACUCACCUUCAAGCAGCGCGUGGGCAUCGUGGAGAGUGCCGCCUUGAAGGAGCUGGCCGUGAAGAUGCGAGAGUAUCGCGAUGAGCUGGAGACGGAGUUUAAAAAGUAUGAUCCAGAUGAUAAGGGCUACAUUACCAUCUCGAAGUGGUGCUAUGUUAUGGAGAAGGUGACCAAGUUGGGACUGCCCUGGCGUCUACUGCGCGAGAAACUCGCACCGGGAACCGACAGCAAGAGUGUCAACUAUUUCCGAACAUUGGAUCUGCUGGACACGGAUGUUAUAUUGGAAGCAGAAGCUGAUGGCACAUCAGUUAUGGAUGCUUUGUAUGCCAACAAGACUAGCUUGGAGACCAUUUUCAAUAUAAUAGAUGCCGAUAAAUCUGGCGAAAUAACACUUGAUGAGUUUGAGAAGGCAAUUGAUCUCCUGGAUGCCCAUAUGCCGGGCGAUACAUCCAAAUCUGAAAUGCUAGAAAAAUGCCGAAUGAUGGAUCUCAAUGGCGAUGGCAAAGUGGAUCUCAAUGAGUUCCUCGAGGCCUUUAGAUUAAGUGAUAUACAUAGAAAGCAACAGCAAGAGGCGGAUAUUCGUAAGCGUUCCACGACCAGAUCUAGCAUUAAUCAGCCUCCGUCGGACUCGGUGACAAAGUUGGCCAACAUUAUAUCGAAAAAUACUUUGAUCAUUGAGCAGGAUAUUGAUCCCAUGGACUGUGAGUCCAAGAUCAUAGAACCAACAAAAUAAUUAAACAAAUCCAAACAAAUACUUAUCAAAAAAAACCAAAGAAAA